AUGGAAGCAUUCGGGUUGUACGACAUUCCGAUCAACUCUUUUUGCAAGCAGCUAAAAGCAGAUAUGGAUUCGGAAGAGUACAAGCAAGUAUUGAAGGCGGAAUUUCCAGCUGUUUUUCAAGAUGGACUUGGACUUUGUACGAAAGCAAAGAUCCAACUGUUCCUGACAGCAGGAGCAAAACCAGUUUUCAAGCCAAAACGACCGGUACCGUUUCAUUCACAGCGGCUCGUCGAAAAAGAACUUAUCCGGUUGCAGAACAUGGGAGUACUUGAACGAGUAGAUUUUUCAGCCUGGGCGGCACCUAUUGUUGCAGUUCGAAAGGCUCAACGAGACGCCGAUGGAGAUCCAAUUGUUCGGAUUUGUGCUGAUUUUUCAACGGGACUGAAUGCAGUAUUAGAAGCGAACAAGUAUCCACUUCCCACUCCUGAUGACAUCUUCGCAAAGUUGUCAGGUAGUCAGUACUUUAGUGUUAUCGAUUUGUCGGAUGCCUAUUUGCAGAUGGAAGUGGAGGAGGAUUCACAAAAAUUAUUGACAGUAAAUACUCACAAAGGAUUAUUCAAGUACAAGCGUCUUCCACCAGGGGUCAAAGCAGCACCUGGGGCAUUCCAAAAAGUCGUCGACAACAUGCUUGGUGAUCUGGAGGGAGCUGAAGCGUUUCUUGAUGACGUACUCGUUUUUGGUCAAACGCAAGCGGAGCAUGAUAGAAACCUUAAACGAACACUGCAGCGGAUUCUGGAAUAUGGUUUUCGGCUUAAGAUCGAGAAGUGCAGUUUCAAAAUGACGCAGGUGAAGUAUCUGGGAGUUAUCGUUGAUCGCAACGGUAUUCAUGCAGAUCCGGAGAAGGUUAAAGCUAUCGCACAAAUGUCUCCGCCGAGAGAUGUUUCACAGUUACGUUCAUUCUUGGGUGCAGUGAAUUAUUAUGCGAAAUUCAUAAAAAAAAUGCACCAGCUUCGUAGACCUCUUGAUCAGCUGUUAAAGAAGGAUAUGAAGUGGAGUUGGAGUGAAGAAUGUCAAAAUUCUUUCGAUCGGUUCAAAGAAUUGUUGAAUUCAGAUUUGAUGUUAACACACUAUAAUCCAUCGCUCGAGAUAGUCGUGGCUGCUGAUGCCUCCAGCACUGGCAUUGGGGCCAACAUCAGGCAUAGAUUUCCGGACGGCUCUGAGAAGGUGAUCCAGCACGCUUCAAGAUCGUUGACACCGACAGAACGAGGUUAUGGACAAAUCGAUAAAGAAGCAUUGGCACUUGUUUACGCCAUUACAAAGUUUCAUCGUAUGCUUUUGGGACGACGUUUUGUUCUGGAGACUGAUCACAAACCUCUUCUACGUGUUUUCGGAUCGCACAAAGGAAUACCGGUUCACACAUCAAAUCGAUUGCAGCGACUGGGUCUAACGUUACUAUGCUACGAUUUCAGUGUAGAAUAUGUACCUACUAUGAAAUUCGGGUAUGUAGAUGUACUUUCCAGGCUUAUAAGUUCAGCAGUAAAUACGGAAGAAGAAUAUAUUAUCGCUAGUGUUCGUCUGGAGGAAGACAUGGCGGCAGUCCUGGAGGAUUCAAUAGCUUCUACUCCAGUGACGGCUGUAAUGAUCGCCACAGCCACACUACGGGAUAAAGUGCUAAAACAAGUGAAGAAGUUUUUGGAAACCGAAUGGCCGGAAUCGUUAGGGGUAAUCAGUGAUCCUGAUGUAAAGACAUUCUUCAAUCGUAAAGACGGGCUGGGACUAGCUCAAGGCUGUAUUCUGUUCGGAGAGCGAGUAGUAGUUCCAAAGAUCUACCAAAAACGAAUCUUGCAGCGGUUACAUUACGGGCAUCCCGGCAUAGUCAGAAUGAAGAGCCUCGCUCGGAGUUUUGUCUAUUGGCCUUGUAUCGACCGGCACAUCGAAGAAGCAGUAAAGCAAUGCACGGACUGUGCCGCUGCAGCAAAAUCACCACCACAUGUUGCACCUGUGGCAUGGCCAGUUCCACCGGGACCUUGGCAACGCGUUCAUAUCGAUUAUGCGGGGCCAAUUGAUGGUUUAUAUUUCUUUGUCAUCGUUGAUGCAUUUUCUCGAUGGCCGGAGAUAUAUUCAUCGUCUACGAUGACGGCGAAGGUAACGAUCCAAAAUCUACGAAAUUCUUUUUCACGGCUUGGAUUGCCGAUGGUAAUAGUGUCGGACAAUGCAGCUCAAUUUGUCUGUGAUGAGUUUGAAUCAUUUUGCAAAAACAAUGGUAUCAAACAUAUGUUGACUGCUCCUUACCAUCCGCAAUCUAAUGGACAGGCGGAACGUUUUGUAGAUUCAAUGAAAAGAGCUAUGAAGAAAAUAAACAAGGGAGAACCCCUCCAGGAGACACUCGAGGUUUUUCUAGCAACUUAUCGUUCAACGCCAAGUGAAACCACUGGACAAAAAUCUCCAAGUGAACUCAUGUUUGGUCGACGAAUGAUGACUACACUUGACCUACUGCGUCCUAUGCAAGCACUAGAUAUUAGGCAGUCUGGAGAGAGAUGCCCGAUGCGUCGGUUCAUACCUGGUGACUUGGUAUAUGCAAAGGUGUACAAACGAAAUACCUGGUCCUGGGAACCCGGGAAAGUCGUUGAGAAGCUGGGAGUAGUGAACUAUAAUGUGUGGAUAGUUGGGCAAAGGCCAAAGUUAAUUCGUUCGCACAUCAACCAACUUCGUACCCGUUUUGAAAUGAAAGAUGAUUUGCAUCGUGAGCGAACACAGAGUGAUCAUCAUUUUCCAUUGAGCAUUCUGCUAGACGAGUUUGGCAUCAGUCAACCAGGAGUAAUCGUUUCAGAGGAAUCUGUUUCACCUAUACUGACAGAUAGCAAUGAUAAAUCUGAACAUCCGACGACUCCAAAUACGAGUGGUUCAAUAGUUAAAAAACCGAGUCGUAUUCCAACACCUGUUUCAUCCUGUACAACUAGGGGACGAUCAGUGCGUCUUCCGCCGAGGUUCGAGCACUACGUGAUGACUUAA